UAGUAACAUGGCACAAUGUACAGUAACUUAGUACUCUACUUACCAUAUAUAACCGUCGCUACUCUUGUAACUGGUCAGCUUCAUUUCCUUUCUGCAAACGCGGCAGGUUGGUGCACCAUGGAGCAGUCUCUUCUUGAUAAACCAUUUUAUUAAACUUUUCUGAUGAUGAGAUCCUCUUCUACAGCGAUGUAAAAGGUGGUGUAUUUGCUCAGAUAAAUUCAUUUUAAUCGCAUCGUAAAACUGCAUACAUCUACUUUUCUAAAUAUAUUUGAAAUGCAGGAGUGAAAUGCGGGAGCGAAACAUCCAAUCAGAGGUCUGCAUUUGAUGACGUAUAUACUUUCAGAGACGUGUUGCGCGCAUGCGUGACUUACCUGGCGCCUGGGGGUCAUAAUUAUUCGAAUUUCAACGGCUGGCGACGACACAUUGGAGGAAUGGCAGAUAAAUAAUUACGUCUUUAAUAUACGUAUAUGUAUUAUUGUCAAAUGAUGUACUUUGUUUCCACAGUAUACGGAAAUAGUGGAAAAAAAGACUUCAUAACACUGAUUCUAGAAACAGAAUUUUAAUUCUGAACACUUUCAGUUAUGUUUCGGAAGAGGAAGACAAAAAGACUUCGCACUCUUGCAGUACCUGCAUUAGAUAUAAAUGCCGUUGUCACAGAUGAGGACAGAGAGGUAACAUUCUCCAAGCAGUCAGUGGACUGUGAAAACAAACCAGAAGACUCAAGCCCAGUUGCCAGCUAUUCUUUGGAUGAAAGUGAGAAGGGACUCCAGGCAGCUUCAGAAGGUCCAACUGUGGAAAUUCUUUUGGAAAAGAUAAAAUCUCUAGAGGAAGAGCGUGACUUUCUAAGACGCACACUUGGAUCUGUUUGUGGCAAAGAAAAGAAAAAGAAGAAGAAAGACACUAGUAGUGACAGUGAUGAGUUACCCUCUUCAUCAUCUUCAUCGUCCUCCCUAUCAUCAUCAUCAUCUGAAGAUGAAAGAUGUCACAAAAAAAUCCAAAAAGAAGAAACCCCCCCCCAAAAAGGUCAAGAUCUACAUUCUCCUGUUCAACUGUGAGAGCUAAGUCUCCAGAAGACGUUCUAAAGAGAUACAAAAAAGUUCUUCGAGCAUACAAUAAGGAAGGAAGCAUGACAAGAGCUUUCACAAAGGUUGGAGUGGACAGAAACACUCUUGCCCUCUCUGCAGUUAUAGCUGAGAUUCAAAUUGUUGAUCCAGAAUUUUACCGCUCCCUCCCCCAAUUCCAGCCUCAGCAAGAGAAGCUUUUUGAAUUUGCUCAGAGGUGCUCGGAGGCCCUGACCACUGAAGUGAAAGCUUCAAUUUUCUCGGCAAAACAAAGUGGAAAACUCUUGCCAAUUAAAUACAAAUUUCGCUAAAUGCUUAUUAUUUUGAGGUUUUUUUUUUUCAUCUAACGUAUGGUUUCCUGUGUUACUGUAUAUCUAAAGAAAUGUGUUUAAACCAUAUUGUGUGACCUUUUUUGUUUGUUAUAUUUUCUCAAAAUAAUUCUAAUUUUGUAAAAGUUUCCUAAAUACACUGUUUCAGUUUAUCUGAAAGUUACAAUAAAAAUAACUGAAUUAAAACUUG